AUGGCCGACGAAGGUUCGCACGGUGAUAAGCUUUCGUCGGGUUAUCCGUCGGGUAGUCUCCGCGAAGUGAUCGGUGCAUCCGACGGGACGACCAACAAGUCUUCUCACGCUGAUAAGCUUUCAUCUGCCUCUGCGUUGGGCAGCCUCCGUCAGGGUGAUCGGCGCAUCCGACGAGGCGGUCGACAAGUCUCUCUGCAAAGAGCGCAAUACAACCGUGUCCUGCCACAAAGAGUCCACUAUCACUUCAACACGAACUUCACCCCUUUGUGCGGUCUGGUGGAAGAUGGUCCUCUUUUUGAUGAGCGCCAAGUUCAGCCUCCCACGGCCACAGAAGGCUCAACGGACCUAAUCGAUGCUCGAACAUGUGCCUGUGCAGAUGAAGUCUUAUCCCAGGACAUCUGUUGA